AUGGGGUGUGGAAAUUCCACAGCGACCAGCGCGGGAGGAGGUCCUUCGGAGGGAUCAAAAGAUGUAACAGAAGAGUCAUCACCUGAGGAGGAAAAAAGGAAGAAUUAUGGAGGCGUGUACAUUGGAGUACCAACAGAUCCCAGCAGUGUGGCAGCAGGGCAGUCCACAUCCAUGCAGAAAGGUUAG